AUGCUCUUCGAGAGCAUCCAGGAGGGGAAGUACGAGUUUCCCGACAAGGACUGGGCACACAUCUCCUUCGGAGCCAAAGACCUCAUUUCCAAGCUGCUGGUGAGAGAUGCCAAGAAGCGGCUCAGCGCGGCCCAGGUCCUGGAGCACCCCUGGGUGCAGGGGUGCGCCCCGGAUAACACCCUGCCGACCCCCAUCAUCCUGCAGAGGUGA